AUGGAGGUCUCUACUCUUCCGAUUGAGGGGCGCGCUCCCCCCUCGCCCGGUUCGGACGACAUGGUGCACAAGGACGAGCACGAGCUCACACCCACCCAGUCCGCCUCUACACCGCUCGUCAAGCCCCGCGCAAACAACUCGGUGCUGCUCAUCCUCGCGGCUGGAUGCGCGCUCUUGUCGGAUGGCUACCAGAACUCGCUCAUGACGAUGGCCAACGUCGUCUUCCGCACCCGCUUCGGCUCCAAGGUCUACACCUCGGCCGUCGCGACACGCAUCUCGAACGCCUCGCUCGUCGGCGCCAUCAUUGGCCAAAUCAGCGUCGGCAUCAUCUGCGACCGCGUAGGGCGCAAAGCAGGCGUGACAAUCACCACGAUCUUGCUCGUGACGGGCGCGAUCUUUGCUACGGCCGCCUACCCCGUGGGUGGCAAUCCGCAGAAUAUGUUUUGGUGGCUCACCGUUGCUCGUGGAGCGGUGGGAUGUGGGGUGGGAGGGGAGUAUCCCGCCUCAAGUACCGCGGCGAGCGAGGCAGCCAACGAAAGAUUGGGCAAGAAACACCGCUCCCAGGUGUUCAUCCUCGUCACCAACCUCGUUCUUGCAUUCGGCAACAUUGUCUCGCUCAGCGUCUUUAUGAUCGUCCUAUCCGCCACGGGGUACCACAACACCACCGACGCUGCAGGAUUCCACAAGCUCGGCAUCAUCUGGCGCGUAACCUUCGGCUUUGGCGCACUCUUCCCGCUCAUCAUCUUCUACUUCCGCAUGCUCGUCAUGAACGCCAGCUUGUAUCGCAAGACCGCCAUGCGCAAAAAGGUCCCCUACAUGCUCGCGCUCAAACGAUACUGGCCUCGUCUCCUGGGCACUGCGGGGGUGUGGUUCAUCUACGACUUUGUCGUCUUCCCGCUCAAUGUCUUUUCGGGAAGCAUUAUUGCGUCGAUCCUCAAAACGCCCACCUUGCUCAAGACCGCGCAGUACCAGAUGCUGCUUUCAUCGAUUGCAAUUCCGGGUGUCUUUGUGGGCGUUGUACUUCUGCCCCGCUUGGGCUCGCGCAAGACCUUCAUGCUGGGCUUUGGUGGAUUCCUCGUACUUGGCCUCAUCAUCGGCUGCGCAUACGACCGCGUCAUGUCCUCCACCGUCGCCGCCGUCAUCCUCCUCGGCCUGAUCAGCAGUAGUGGCAACGCCGGACCCGGAAAUCUUUGCGGCUUAGUCAGCAGCGAGUCAUACCCAAGUGCGCUGAGGGGUUCGGCGUACGGCGUAUCUGCCGCUAUAGGCAAGACUGGAGCUGCCAUUGGUACACAGGUCUUCUCACCCAUCCAGAUCCAUGCUGGCAAGCGCUGGGUGUUUAUCAUCUCGGCCAUUUUGGGCCUCAUCGGUAUCGCGCUCGUGUACUUCUUCAUCCCCGAGACGACGCGCUUCGAUCUGGCCGACGAGGACCGAGCCUGGCUGCAGUACCUUGUGGACAAUGGUUGGGACGGUGACAUUGGCGAUGGAUCCGAGGGCGUAGUCAACGCAAAGCAGGCGCUCGAGCGCGUGCGAGAGGCCGAGUACAAGCCCAAGAACAACGACGACGAGGAGUCGGUCGGAUCGCAAAAGUAG